AGUCAGAUUUUGCUUUCGGUUAAAAUUGCAAAGUAGAUUACGAAUUUUGUUAACCGUUGUAAUUGUUAUGACAUGAGUAAUUGAAUAACAGAAAAAGGAUAUUUUUAUUUUCCAAUCAAGAGGUUGUGUGUGCAGCAUAUUAUUUUGUAUCCAGUUUCUUAAGCGACCAUCAGUACCAUGGUUAAUACUCGUAGAAAUGGAGGAUCUCUGGAAAACAGAACAACAAAUCUUCCUAUAACCAGGCGGAAAAUUAUAACUGCCGCUGGUGGUAGUUCUAGCAUAAGCGAGAGUGAAUCAGAAGAAUCACAUGCGGAGGAUAAUUCCUUUAAAUAUGAUAAAAAAAGAUUGAGAUCACAGAAAAAACUAGUAUUGCCAAGAGUAAGGGAACUGAGAAGUCGCUUUACAUAUAACAAAUAUAGUGUUCGUCACAGACAAAGUAAGAAUAUCGAACCUAGACGUAUACCGAAUGAGCGCAGACUAUAUCCAUCUCGAAAAAUGCAGGAGGAUUCUGAUUCAUCCAACGACAAUUUUGAAGAUGAGAUGUACUCAUUUCGAAAAAAGAGCCGUAAGUUGCAGAGGCUUUCAUCGAAUUUAAACAGAAUAGAGAGGCGCAGUGCGCUUUCGUUGAGGCCCAUAAGUAGGAAAAGUUAUGUUGAUACUCCGAUAGUUUAUAAUUCUGAUGAAGGCAGGCGAAUAUAUCCCAAAAGAAAACGCACCGUAAGGUUUCAAAAUAUGUCUUGGUUAGCCGAUGACCAAAUGCAUAAAGUAGGCUAUCCGAAUUUUAAUUCCAUAACGUAUUCUGAAGAAGAUAGUCGGGACGUUCCUGAGAAUAUUGAUACCAGGGAGGAAAAUAUGAGAACCACCAGACAGACGAGCAUCAAUAAAUGCAGAGUCAUGAAAGAAUCUAAAUAUGAAUAUGAUUCAGAUGAUUCUGAUAAUAACGAGAAACAGAAUAACGAUUCAUCUGUGAUGGAGAGUAAUUCGAGAAACAGAAAAGUUUUAAAUGAUAAGGACAAAUUGGAAGUAUCGAAUGCAAGAUGUUUACGAAGUCAAGCUACACAUGUGAAGGAAGAACAACAGAAUGAAGAUACUCCUCCCACUAAAAAAAAUGGAGAACAGAUAUCCCCAAUAUUGAAAGUAUCUGAAGAAAGCAGGGACAAUGAAGAACAAAAACAAAAAGAAGGAACAAAUAAAGAUUCUACCGAUUCGGAUUUACCAUUGAAGUUACCACAAACAAAUAAGCCUAGACCCAGAAGAUCAAGCAGAAAUGAACAGUUUCAAUUAACUUCCAGAAGAACACGUAAAGCUGACAGUUCAAGUUCAGAUUCAACAGAUGAAGACAAACCACAAAGGAGGAGAAAGCAGCCCUCACAGGCUGAUAAUAGGCCAUAUUCUUUCAGAAAAAGACCGCCAAAACCACCUCCCCAGCAAAUUCGAGAUGAUUUCUCAGUAUCAGGAAACUCACGUAAAAUAAAUCGAAAACGACAUUUGAAAAGGACAAGACGGUCAUCAUCUUCAUCCUCAUCAUCAGAUUCAUCAGAUGGAAGUGUGAAGACAUACAGUAAAACGCCAAAAGGUCAUUCUAAAAAUGAGCAGCGAAUGAAGAGAAAGGGAACCGCUGGAGGUAGCAAUAUAUUGCCCAUUGGACCCGAAACUCUUGAUGGUACCGUUCGUUUCAACAGUAUCGGAGGCUUAGAUAACCAUGUCCAAUGUUUAAAGGAAAUGAUAUUGUUACCAAUGAUGUAUCCGGAAGUUUUUCAACAGUUCCGCGUGAAACCACCCAGGGGUGUUUUAUUUUAUGGACCUCCAGGAACCGGUAAAACAUUAAUUGCUAGAGCAUUAGCAAAUGAAUGCAGUUUUGGUACAAGAAAGGUUUCUUUUUUCUUGAGGAAAGGUGCCGAUUUACUCAGCAAAUGGAUUGGAGAAUCUGAGAAGCAAUUGAGAAUUUUAUUCGAGCAGGCGGCAGAAAUGAAACCAUCCAUUAUAUUUUUCGAUGAGCUGGACGGUUUGGUACCGGUCAGAUCAUCUCGAAACGAUCAAAUUCACGCCAGUAUCGUGUCCACCCUUCUGGCCCUCAUGGACGGUUUGGACGAUCGAGGGGAAAUAAUCAUCAUCGGCGCCACUAAUAGAGUGGACGCCAUAGAUCCGGCUUUUAGGAGGCCCGGACGAUUCGACAGAGAAUUAUAUUUUCCUUUGCCGGCACGAAGGGAACGAGAAGAAAUUCUUAAGGUACAUGUGUCCGAAUGGCUCAAACCACCGAAAACUGAGUUGGUCUCGUAUUUGGCGGAUGAAGCUGUAGGAUAUUGCGGUUCAGAUUUGAGAGCGUUAUGUACAGAGGCUGUGAUACAAAGUUUUAGGAGGACUUACCCUCAAGUUUAUAAUUCUGAAUUUAAAUUAUUACUUCAACCAGAGGAAGUAGAUGUUAAAAAGUUAGAUUUUAUGAAAGCUAAGUCUGCCAUCAUACCUGCGGCUCACCGGAAUAAUCAAUCGAUUAGUAGAAAGUUACUGCCCAUUUUGGACUCGUUAUUAGGCAAAUACAUUAAAAGUAUCUUCGAUGUUCUGGAAAAUGUAUUCCCACAUGGUUGUCAUGAAGAAUUAUCCAGGGUAAGACUAUCCUCAAAUAUCAGACCUGCUCAGGUUCUUCUUGUGGGUAAUGGGAGUGAACAUGGUCAAACCCAACACUUAGGACCAGCAUUAAUUUAUAGGAUGGAACAUAUUCAAUGUUACACACUUGAUUUAGCAACUUUGUACAGAGAAUCAACCAGAUCUCCUGAAGAAGUUACAAUACAGAUUUUCACUGAAGCUAAACGAAAUUUACCCAGUUUGAUAUAUUUACCAUCUAUCAAUAAAUUUUGGGAUUUAGUGUCUGAUGCUACAAAAGCUAUUUUAUUGGACGAAAUAUCACAGCUAGGACCCAACUUGCCAAUAUUGUUUCUAUGCACUGCUGAGACGUCAUUUGACGAGCUUCCUGACAAUGUUAAAAGGCUGUUUUCCACGUAUCGAAAUGAAGUGUUUGAAAUAUCGACACCAUCCACUGAUCAAAGAAGAGCAUUUUUCAAACCUCUAAUCAUGGAGGAUUCCAUGAAACCCGUUAGAAUUUCUAGGCAGAAAUCCAAAACUCCCCCACCAUUGCCAAAAGCACCGACCCCACCUCCAGUUCCGCCUUCUGAGGAGGAAUUGAAGAAACUUUAUGACAAAGAAGAACACACCCUUAGAGAGUUGAGGAUAUUUCUGAGAGAUAUGUGUCGAAAGUUGGCCAAUAAUAAAAUGUUCUAUAUAUUCACCAAACCUGUAGAUAUUGAAGAGGUGCCAGAUUAUCCAACCAUAAUCAAGCAACCGAUGGACCUAGAAACAAUGAUGAUGAAAGUUGAUCUCCAUCAAUACGAAUGUGCCAAAGAUUUUUUGACGGAUAUUGAACUUAUUGUGAAAAAUGCCUUGGAAUAUAAUCCUGCAAAGACAUCUGUAGAUAAGCAAAUUCGGCAUAGAGCUUGUAGUUUAAGGGAUUACGCCUAUACUUUAAUAAAAACAGAAAUGGAUAGUGAUUUUGAAGAUAAGUGUCAAGAUAUAGCUAAAUCCAGAAAAGUGAGGAAAGUUAAAGUGAAAUAUCUGCCUGAUUAUUUGGAUACACCUGAUUUCCCAGUCGCGGAUUUGAUGAAUCAUUUGGAUGAUUCCAAAGAAAAUGGACAAGAAGAAGAAACUCCUAGCAAUAACCAAAAACCAGUUAAUAGUUCUAUAAAAAUUUCAUCUUCGAAAAAACGGAAAUCUAGUUCUUGGCAGAGGGGAUAUGUGAGACCAAGGAAAAGGAUGAAGAAGGAAAAGCUCUCUCCUGAUAAUGAAGAAGAAGAGGAAAAGACCAAGUCUUCAGAUGAUGAAUCAAAGGAAAAUAACCCCAAUGUAGAUGCAGUUGCAGAUGACACUUCCCUAGAAGAACCUUCAAAACUUCCAGUGAAUGGCAUUUGUGAAACUCCAAUUAAGAAGCAUAGUCCUAUAAGUGAAACACUCACAGAACGGUAUCCAAUAAAAAGGCUCAGUGAUUUAAUAGCUCCGUCCGAAAUAUUAAAUGACCCCAUAUUUUCUGAUGCCGAUUCAACUACAGUUGAAGGAGAAAACUCAGAAGAAAGAGUAAUUAUUGACUGUUCUACAGAAGAAUUAGAGAAAGUUUUAGAUCUUAUUGUUACGUCAACUGAUGGAUAUACCUUGCAGUCAUUAUUAGAUUUGUUUAACCAACUGAGCAAGAUUGUUCAACGAUAUAUGAAGACACAUUUGAGAGCUGAUUUACCUAAGGAAUUGGAAAAGGAACUGAGCCGGUUCAAAAAAGAAGAGAAUGUGGAUAUGAGAGAUUGUUGAAUUUGAAAUCUUCUAAUAUGGUAAACUUUUUAUGUACUUAUUGAUAUUUAAGACAGAUCUUUGACGAUAUAUGUUCCAUCGAUUUUUUCUGUAUGUAUUUUCAUUUUCAAAGGAUGGAAUUUUAAUGAGGAAUCAGAUUAAGUCUAUAUUUAAAUUUCAUUGUACUUCUAUUGUUUAAUUUUUUUUUAAUAGAAAACCAAAGAAGCGGUAGAAAUUUACUCACUGCCAUCACAAAGUCUGAUUAUAUUAUUUAAUUCAUGGGUUGGAAUUCAUGAACUUGUUUAGUGAACUGUAAAAAAUAUUUUGAAUAUAUUUUGAUUCAGAAGA